UUAAAUUUUAAUUUUAAUACGAGAGGUACAAGUCCUAUCCGUGGCAUCGACGCACUUUCUCUUUCUCAUUAUCCGGCGUCAGAAUGUCGUCGUUAUUGUUAUCGGAGUUUCUUCGUCAGACUGGCGGAACUGCCAUCAUCGACGGCGGUUUAGCAACAGAGCUUGAACGCCAUGGCGCUGACCUCAAUGAUCCUCUUUGGAGUGCCAAAUGCCUCCUUUCUUCCCCUCAGUCUCACCUCAUUCGCCAGGUGCACAUUGAUUACAUGGAAAAUGGCGCAGACAUUAUAACAACAGCAUCCUAUCAAGCUACCAUUCAAGGUUUUAAGGCAAAAGGAUUUUCUGAGGAAGAAGGUGAAAACAUGCUCAGAAGAAGUGUUGAAAUUGCUUGUGAGGCUCGCGAUUUGUAUCAUGAACGAUCUGCUGUGUGCUCUUUGGGUGAUGAUACUCAUGGUAGAAUCCUCAAGCAACGUCCUAUCCUGAUUGCAGCAUCAGUUGGGAGCUAUGGCGCUUAUUUGGCCGAUGGAUCAGAGUACAGUGGAAAUUAUGGCGAUGCUAUCACAUUGGAAACUCUUAAAGAUUUUCAUCGAAGAAGAGUUCAAAUUUUGGCAGAUUCAGGUGCAGACCUGCUUGCAUUUGAAACAAUUCCAAAUAAGCUUGAAGCUCAGGCUUAUGCAGAACUUCUGGAAGAAGAGAACAUAAAGAUUCCAGCAUGGUUUUGCUUUAACUCUAAGGAUGGAAUUAAUGCUGUUAGUGGUGAUUCUAUAGUGGAAUGUGGCUCCAUUGCUGAAUCAUGCAACAAAGUUGUAGCUGUUGGAAUCAACUGUACCCCACCUAGAUUUAUACAUAGUCUGAUACUUCUGCUUAAGAAGGUGACUACAAAACCAAUUGUUAUAUAUCCAAAUAGCGGGGAAACUUAUGAUGGCGAUCAAAAGGAGUGGGUGCAAAAUACAGGUGUUACAGACGAAGAUUUUGUCUCAUAUGUUAGUAAAUGGUGUGAGUUAGGGGCUUGCUUUGUAGGAGGCUGUUGCAGAACGACUCCUGCUACCAUUAGAGGAAUAUACAAGAUACUCUACGGCAAUGAAUCUGCUACUCUUGCCACAGAGUGACUGCCCCUGUAUUCAGAAAGGCGGCAAAUGCGCAAACCAGUCGAAUUUAUUUGUCAGAAUGCGGGCAGCUACAAUGGGUCAUGUUGCCACAUUGAGUUGUGAGAGGGGAAGAUAAACAUGGCUUAUCUGCGUUAAUAAAAUGGUUUAACAUUAUCUUUUCAACACACUCAUUAAUUGAGUGGAAGAGAAUGGGUUAAAUUUUUUGGUUUGACCCACUUAAAUUUCACUAAAUGAUAUUGUGUCCGAGAGAGUGUUGGAAAAAAAUUUCUUUGAGUAAGAUAUUCCAUAUACCUGAUUGGUUUUUGUAACUUAGAACAUAAUUUUCCCUUGGAGCUGGUGUCACCGAUAGUAGCAGUUUGUGCACAUUACAUUACAUUGAAGUACAAGGUAAAGAUGUUUGUGUUUUUACUUUCUUUUCAAUUUUGGAUAAAAGAAAUUGCCCAUUUGUUACUACUA